AUGUGUAUCAGCGUGGAGCGUUACUGCGGAGUUAGGGAUUCAUGGCGCUAUCCAAACGGCAAGCGAUGUAUGAAUAUUGCUCCACUGUCAGUUGGAAUUGCCGUAUGCGUCGCGGUACCAGCGAUACCAUGGGGAAUGUAUACCGAUGCAGUGGAUGUGCCCUAUCCGGGAGGUCGUAAUGCUACUCUGACAAUGUGUAUAAAUAUGAUGCCGGAUGAUUUGUUCAUUUUUGCGAUGAGUUAUUUGUUAUUUUUUGGCUUCAUUUUGCCUCUCGGCGUCAUGUCCAUAUGCUACUUCUUACUCAUUCGACACGUACGCAAACGAUUCAACAAGCGCCUGCUCACUGCUGGAAGCAGUGGAAGAGUGUUGCAUGAACCUCAUUACAUUUGCGAAUUGACACGAUCUGUGCUACGUGUAUCUGCGUUUCACUUCAUUUGCUGGACGCCAUUCUGGUUCUUCACGUUCGUACCGCCAGUCAUCGAUUAUUUUGAGCUCGAUUACGACGACAGCCUUAGCUGGGUAAUGAAUGCCCGACUGGUUGCCAACUUGCUGCCUUAUGUCAACUCUUCAGGUAAUUUGGAAUACAGCAAGGGCUUGCUGAUCGUUCUGAAAACAAGUAGUACAUCUUCCAAGGUAAAUGAUCCAGUGCUUACUGUCAGCUUGUCUUCAUUUAUUUUUGGGAAAUAG